AUGGGGGAUCCAAGGGGUGUAGUAAGCUCUUGUCACAGCUUCACACAAGAGAUUCAUGUGUUGUUGGUGGACCACGAAAAGGAAACACUUGUUUCCAUGGCUAGAAUGCUUGAAUUUUACGCAUACAAAGUUACAGCAGUUCAAUCUGGCUCGACUGCUCUUUCGUUGCUUUUAGAUGGAAACAAUCAGUUUGAUCUUGUGCUCUCAGAUAUCCAUUUACCUGACAUCAAUUCAUUCAUGCUUCUUCAAGAGUCGCUUAAUAGAGAAUUGCCAACAGUUUAUUUGUUUCUUCUUGCUCACAUUGUGCUCCGAAUUAAAGUUAUGUCGGCCGAUGAAGACGCUAUGCUGGCAAAGAUAGCCCUAGAAAACGGAGCAUGUUUCUUUCUUGAAAAGCCAACCGGUUCAAAUGUUCUAAAGAGCCUAUGGCAGCAUGUCAUUAAAGAAAGGUUAUAUAAGGCAAAAAUGUAUGGAAAGAAAGAAAACCUUCAUCAACACGAGAUGUCAAACCAAAAUGGAAUUCAAAUUUGGAAUUCAGAGGAAAGCAAUCUUGAAGGAAAGAAUCAUAGUGAUACGAUUUCUAAGAAGGUCAAGGACGGUGGUAAGAAAAAGGCUCGACAUACUGGAAUAGGAGCGAUUGCAGAUGAUGAAGCAGGUGAAUCGGAUAAGGGGAGUAGAAAAUCGGCUAAAAAGUUUUGUACAGAAUGGACAGACGAGCUCCAUCGAAAAUUCAUGGCUGCAGUGGAUCAUCUUGGGGAAGGAAGAUGCUACCCCAAGGAGAUACUUGAGUUAAUGAACGUCCCUGGUCUCACUCGAAUGCAAGUCGCGAGUCAUCUUCAGAAAUGUCGUAAUGAUAAUUGGCGUGCCCCAGAAACCCGCAAAUCAAAUGCUUCGAGUUCUCAAAACAACGGAUCCCCGUACAAAUUUGGUUCACGAAAAUUUGGAUCAAUGCCUCGCUUGCAAAAAAACUCAUCUAGCUACCCUGAGACAUCCUACCUCGAAGAAAGUUGGGUUCACCAAACAGGUCCUGGAAUAUACUCAACACUAGGCAACAGUUUCAUGGGCAAUAGAGAAGGAGAGUACUCAGUUCAAUUGAUCCAGGCUCAGGCUCAUGUGGUACCAAAUUGUGUUGGGGAUAACAUCCCCACGCACAAUUCUUCCAUCCAAAGCAAUGAUGGGCAAAUAGGAACCCAUGGAAUUAACAAUGUUACAUAUAAUGGUAUUUACCUAAAUGCAACAUCAAAUGAUACCAGGGAUCAAAACUCAGGUUCGAUGCUGGGAAAGAAAACUAAUCAGAAUUUGCGAGCGACACCAUCGUACUUUGGCAAUGCUACAUUUGGAGCAGAUUCUCAUAGCAGUGCCUCGAAUCAGACCCCUAUUCCGGAUGACUUCUUCGAUUUUCUCCCCGAAAUAGAGGGGACCCAUGGCUUUUCCAAAUAUCUCGGAGGGUCAACAACAAUGAGUUAUGGCUCGAUCCCAGAAACUCACAAUGCCUUUGAUGUUGAACCAAUAUUUUUUGACCGGUCAAAAGUGAUUAUGUUUAGGAGGCAUUGUCAUUAUAUGGCUUUGACGGACUCUAUAACUAUUUUUGACAGCAUGAAGGGCACCCAAUAUAAGAAGCAAAUGCAAGUGGAGGUGAAGGCGCAACGCCAACUUUUGUGA